GACUCGCAGUAGUACUACUACUCUCUACUUGCUAGUACCUACCACAAGUGCUCUCAGGCUUAUAUUGCCAUCUAGUACAUUGUCUCCUGCUGUUUGGUCAACAUACGCCGUGCUGCGGUUCCUUUUCAGAACAUUGCGGCUACCUGCUGCUCGCUCACCGUCUGGGACUACUAGCCACUGGCACAGCAAUUUCAUUGCUGCGCGCGGCUGAGAUUCUCUCUGGGCUUGGACAUACUAUUCGAAGGGAGAUCACAUGCGAAUGGUGCCAUGCAACCCUCUCCUUGCCUUACUCGUCUCGCUCGUUAGCAGGAGCUAUGCCAGGAGUCCUCCCGUCCAAGUCGAGUUACGGUCUUCAUGGCCGGCACCGCCACCACUUCUUGAGUCAAUAGAAUCCAUCGCUCUGGAAGAGCCGGAGGCCUUCUUGCCUCUGCUUGACGCCCUCACCAAUCCAGAGACGCGACCAGACCCAGCCCCGACUUCCUCGGAGGCAGCGCACAAGUACGCCUUCGACACUGCACUGUCCUCGGGCUUUCUUUCAGGCCCUGGCGAGUAUGCUUCGGCCGAAAUGAACCUUGCCUUGCAUGCCGCGACACCCAAAAUAGAAGCGUUCUACCAGUUUUAUACCGAUCGUCAUUCAAGUCGGAAGGAGGCCCUCAACAUUCCUAACUGCGAAUCCUGGGUAGACUGGUAUGGAAAGGUUGUUUGUGAUGCAGAGAGCCUUGCACGGCUCGCUACUGUGGACACCAUCGAUAACCCGAAUUCGACUGACGUAGACAGCUCAUACACACCGCCUCAACUCAUGUCCUUCGAUCAUGUCCACCCCUCGCCAGCGUCGAUCUUGGAACGUCCGCAGCGCACUGCCAUUCUCUACGCCUCACUAUCCUCCGACAACUUCCGGGAAUUACACUCCGUCCUGUUCGCGUUAUCUCGUGCUCCCAAUCCGCGUCUUGAGUACAUCCUACGGCCGAUACCACCGACUGGGGGCGAUGUUUCGCAGAGGAGCUAUCUCUCUGGUUACGGCGUUGCUCUUGACCUGAAAAAGAUGGAUUAUCUCGCGCUGGAUGAUAGAACGCAAAGCUCGAGCAAACAAGCGGACGAUGCGGACGAAGCAGCAACGUCCAUACAAGCCACAGACCCUGUUAUGGCGUUGAUCCACCGGUACCCGGAGAACACGACGACCGACGCAAGCGCACCCCUCACCGAGGACGAGCUUCUCGAGAUAGACUUCCAGGCUGCGCAGAUUAUCCGGGACGCGGACGAGCCUCUGCUGAUCCUGAAGCAGCUCGCUCAGAACUUCCCCAGAUACGCGACGUCCCUCGCGCGCCAAGUCACAGUCAACGCUGCCCUCGCUGAGGAAGUGGAGAACAACCAGGCGGUCGCGCGGGGUGGAACGAACGUCGCCUGGCUCAACGGCGUGCAACUAUCUGAGAAAGACAUGAACCCCUUCGCCUUGUUGAGAUUACUGAAGAAGGAACGCGGCAUCAUGCGGUCGUUGACGUCGCUCGGCUUGUCGACGACCCAGGCUCUCGAGCUCCUCACGCAUCCUAAAAUCAAUGCGGCUCAGGGCGCGUCGGAUGUCUUGGAUGGCAUCGUCGACGCUAGUGACCGGCAAGAGGGCGGUGGAGUGAUCCAGUGGUGGAACGACCUCGAGAAGGACUCACGUUAUGGUAGAUGGGCGGGCACGCUGAAUGUGUUCCUCCGCCCUAUGUACCCGGGCCAGUUUCCGAACUAUAGAGGCAAUCUGUUCAACAUCGUCAUCGUCGCAGACCUCUCCCAGACCAGCUCCCUGCACUUCCUGGGGACGACUGUCUCCAACAUCCUCGGCCGCAGCUUUCCCUUUAGAUGGGGUAUCGUGCCUAUUGCUGAAUCCGAGGAAGCGACGAAGGUGGCGCGUCUGGUGUACUUCCUGAUGGAACGCGUUGGGAAUGCGAACACCAUGGAGUUCAUUCGCCACAUCUCGCAAGCUGACAGACCUGUGGAGAAGACCACUACUACCGUCGACUGGGCGUUGGUGCGCACUGCGUUCAGCUCAUUCCGUGCCUCUAGCCAAGACCACGCGGAAACUCCCAUGCCCGAGCUGGAUAAAAUCCUGAACGGCGAAACCGAGGGGCUGGACGAGAGCAUCCAGAAGGCGCGGGCGUAUGCAACCAGGUUGGGUGCCACGGUUGCAUCCGCUCCGCAUGGACAUGCCUUCGUGAAUGGGAAGCAUUUCGAGUUGGAUGAUCAAUUCCUACAAUUCAUGCAGGUAGAGCUCCGGGAGGAGAUGCGUUACGUCCAGGAACAGCUGAUGUUGGGUGCGCUGACGGACGCCACAGCGGGCGAUGUGUCCACGUAUUUCUACGACGUGCCAGGGGUGUCCAAGCGGAGGAACCCGUACAUCUAUCCGUCGUCGAAGGCAGGCGGCCUGCGUAUCAGCAAUCUGUUCGAUUCCGUCUUGAAGCUCGGCUUCCCGAGUGCCCAGGAGUCGUUUGUGUAUCCAUCUGACGUGCAACAAGUUCCGCUGACGACCUACAUCGUCGCUGACCUGGACUCCGAUUCGGGCCAAUCGCUAGUGAGAGAAACACUGGCAGCCACGGGCGCGGAGUUCCCAUCCCGCAUCUCAUUCAUUCACAACCCGGCUGUUGGUUCCAUCGAGCCCGUCAUCCGCCCACAAGUUUCGUCACUCUUCGCGCAGCUGAUUGUCCACGGGCUUCUUGAGCGGGCUUCGCCAAGCCGUCUUCUCGAGAUUAUCGGCUUCGGCCAUGUCGCCGUUCCCAAUCACAGCCCGCAAAAAGUGAUAUCUCCUGAAGGCGCUCUAGACGAGAUCCUGGGUAAGACGGAGCUGAAAGACAGUGAAUACCGAGAGUACGUCAAAGUCAGCCGACUGGUCGCGCGGGAGUUUGGUCUCGCCCCGGGAGAGCAGGGUCUCGUCGUCAACGGACGUAUCAUCGGGCCGGUCGCAGUUGGGGAGUUUGUGGCACAGGACUUCCCUGUCCUGUCAACAUACGAGCUUCGCAAGCGCGUGCAGCCUGUCGUCGAUGCGUUGCAUGAUGUAGCAGGGUCACUCCAGGAGUACGAUAGGGCUUCGUAUGCCGAAGUAGUCUCACUGGCUUCUUCGCUGAUAUCUGCCAUCGAACUACCGGAUCCCAGCGAGGUCGGCCUGUUAAACGUGCCCCACAAGUCUCGUCAGUUAAAGUAUCGGCUGCUGGCUACAGAAUACACCGCUUUCACGGUGGGCGACAACUCUACAGCGUCCUACCACUUCGGGAUUUUGUUGGACCCUCUCAGCGAAGCCGCGCAGAAAUGGUCCAGCCUGAUGCAUUGGCUACUCGAGAUCCCCGGAGUGACGAUUGAACUGCAUCUGAACCCUGCCAAGUAUGGGGAGCUCCCUCUGAAACGAUUCUACAGAUACAACCUCUAUCCUAGAAUAACAUUUGAUGAGAGCGGGAAAGAAGUUCACGUCCAGACGGUUUUUACUGGGCUUCCCAUUGAUCCGAUUUACACUCUUGCGAUGGACGUUCCUCAAUCAUGGCUAGUCCGACCACGCGAGUCCUUACAUGACCUAGACAACAUCCUGCUUGCAGGCCUAUCCCCUCAAGAUCGUAUUCAGGGCGUGAAGGCAGUCUUCGAUCUUGAUUACCUGGUCGUUGAGGGCCAUGCACGAGACAUGUUCAUAGGCGGCCCCCCUCGCGGCCUCCAGCUUCAGCUCGCCUCCAACUCGGGUGAUCCUAUCGCAGACACGCUGGUAGUUGCAAAUUUAGGCUACUUGCAGUUCCGAACCAAACCAGGAGUGUUCCGCCUCGAAAUCCGUCCAGGUAGAGGGCGCGACAUAUUCAAGAUGGAGAGCGUCGGCAACGAAGGAUGGCAUAGCCCGUCUGUGGAUGAGUCGGGAGACGAGAUUACGUUGACUAGCUUCGAGGGUCUCAUCCUGUACCCUCGCCUCGUCAGACUGCCUGGCAUGGAGAGAGCAGACGCCCUGGCAGAAGUUUCCUCAGCUGGAACGUCCCCUAUCGGUCUGCUUGAUACCGUGAUCUCUCGCAUAACAUCCCUAUUUGGCGGGCAAAAGACUCAAGAAGUGACCUCGAUUGAGAACAAGCAGGCCGACAUAAACAUAUUCACCGUAGCGUCAGGCUUACUCUAUGAGCGCUUCGCGUCCAUUAUGAUCUUGAGUGUCCUGCGCAAUACCAAUCACAGCGUGAAGUUCUGGUUCAUCGAGAACUUCCUCUCGCCCUCGUUCUUGGAAUUCCUACCUCACUUCUCAGAAGCGUACGGGUUCCAAUAUGAGCUUGUGACGUACAAGUGGCCUUCGUGGCUUCGGGCACAGAAGGAGAAGCAACGCAUCAUCUGGGCGUACAAGAUCCUGUUCCUGGACGUCCUUUUUCCCAUGGACCUGAAGAAGGUUAUCUUCGUCGAUGCUGACCAGAUUGUCCGCACGGACCUAAAAGAGCUCGUUGACAUUGAUCUCCAUGGUGCUCCGUAUGGGUACACUCCUAUGGGGGAUGACAACGUCGAGAUGGAAGGCUUCCGCUUUUGGAAGACUGGGUAUUGGAAGGAGUUCCUGAAGGGCCUCUCGUACCACAUCAGUGCGCUUUACGUCGUUGACUUGGUCCGCUUCCGACAGCUGGGUGCUGGUGAUAUACUCCGUGGUCACUACCAACAGCUAUCUGCAGACCCAAACUCACUGGCAAACCUUGAUCAAGAUCUUCCGAACAACCUGCAACGGGACGUGCCCAUCUUCUCCUUACCCGAGGAUUGGCUUUGGUGCGAGACUUGGUGCAGCAAGGAUCGGCUGCAUCGCGCCAAGACGAUUGAUCUCUGCCAGAACCCUCUUACCAAAGAGCCAAAGCUCUCCCGCGCACGGCAGAUCCCCGAGUGGGAAGAGUACGACGCAGAGAUCGCGCGCUUCGCGCGUUCGCUUGCUGAAGAGGGCAAGAUGCUUUCCGGCAUUGUCGCUGCGGAUGUCAAUGUCCUCGCUGAAGCGGGCUCUAACAAGCCGAAGCCUGAGCUGCCAGCCGAAGACAUGGCGAUGGAGAGCGGUGCUGGGGAAGGGGCACCAAGAGAUGAGCUGUGAGGAUCGAUGGCGAGGGAGGUGUUGUG